UCCGGGUGGGAGGCGACCUGACCAGUACAAGAAACCCCACAGCGGCUGGCAUUUAUGGUUUUUAACCCGAAAGGAGCACUUGUGAGAGUGUGGCAGAGUUAAUCAAAAGCCCGGAUCAUCAUGGACCCAAACGCCAGCGGACUCGCCCAGAGGUUGGCUGAAGCCGGCCAGUCUCAUCUCCUGCAGUUUUGGAAUAAGCUGAGCCCCGAGGAGCAGGCCGACCUGACCCGCGACCUGCAGGGGAUGGACUUUCAGGAGAUCAAUGGAUUCUUCCAGAAGGCCAUGGAGAUGUCCAGCAGCAGCAAACACGAGAAGAUGGACGCCCGCAUGGAGCCGGUGCCGCGGGAGGUGCUGGGGAGCGUGACGAGGGACAGGGAGAGUCUCAAAGACUGGGAGCUGGAAGGUCUGCGCUGCAUCUCUCAGAGUAAAGUGGCGGUCCUGCUGCUGGCUGGGGGCCAGGGAACCAGACUGGGGGUCUCUUACCCCAAAGGCAUGUACGACGUGGGGCUGCCGUCCCACAAAACCCUCUUUCAGAUCCAGGCCGAGCGCAUAUUGAAGCUGCAACAGCUGGCUGAGCAGAAGCACAAAACCAACUGCUGUAUUCCCUGGUACAUCAUGACCAGCGGCCGGACGAUGGAGUCCACCAAGGACUACUUCUCACGACAUAAACUAUUUCGGCUUAACCAGAACAACAUCAUCUUCUUUCAGCAGGGCAUGCUGCCAGCCAUGGACUACAACGGCAAGAUCAUCCUGGAGAGCAAAGCAAAGCUCUCCAUGGCCCCUGAUGGUAACGGGGGUCUUUACAGAGCUCUGGGAAACCAGGGCAUCAUGGACGACAUGGAGCGGAGGGGGAUUGAAUUCGUCCAUGUGUACUGUGUGGACAACAUCCUGGUCAAAGUGGCCGACCCCUCCUUCAUUGGUUUCUGCGUGAAGAAGGGAGCGGACUGUGGAGCUAAGGUCGUUGAGAAAACCAAUCCGACGGAGGCAGUGGGUGUGGUCUGCAAGGUGGAUGGGCUUUAUCAGGUGGUGGAGUACAGCGAGAUCACCCUGGCAACUGCUGAGAAGCGCAGCGCUGACGGCCGACUGAUGUUCAACGCAGGAAACGUGGCCAAUCACUUCUUCAGCUUCUCCUUCCUCAAAGACGUAGUGCAGAAGUACGAGCCAAAGCUGCAGCACCACGUGGCCCAGAAGAAGAUCCCAUAUGUGAAUGCGGAGGGUCAGCUAAUCAAACCAGACAAACCAAAUGGGAUUAAAAUGGAAAAGUUUGUCUUUGACAUCUUCCAGUUCGCCAAGACGUUUGUUGUGUACGAGGUGCUGCGGGAGGACGAGUUCUCCCCGCUGAAGAAUGCAGACAGUCAGGACGCAAAGGACACACCCACCACGGCCAGACACGCCCUCAUGUCCCUCCACCACCGCUGGGUGCUCAACGCUGGGGGCCACUUUAUCGACGAGAACGGCAGACAUGUGCCCGCCAUACCCAGAGACGGAGCAGCAGGCAGUGUCACAGAUGAUGGCAACAGAAACCUGAAGGACGGAACAGACCUGCCAAUCAAAUGUGAGAUCUCCCCACUGGUGUCCUACGGGGGAGAGGGCCUCGAAGAGCUGGUGAAGGGACGAGAGUUUCAUCCAAACCUGAUGAUCGACGAGAAUGGCGUCCACGAGCUGGUGAAGAACGGAGUUUAGACAACAAAGGUAGAGAGAGAGACAGACAGAGAGAGACAACCCAAAGACCAACCUCCCUUUGUCUCUCAACAUUAGCGGGGAGAAACUGUGAUGUCAUCGCUGUGCAAUAACAAUUGUCUGCGUGCAUGUGUUCAUGAAAGAGGCCGCCCUCUCCAAAAUGAAUGAACGAGCCGGAUGAAGUGUCAUCGUUUACUUUUCUUUGCCUCGUAUGUUGAAGUCUUACUCAGUUCAUGUUUGUUUUGAAGAGCACUUGGACACGGCAUGAAGGCCGAAAUCCUUGUCACACUGACCAGAUGAAGCAGUCUUCAGGUGCAUCUAUUUAUUUUGCUUAUGAGACUUAUUUUUAUAUGUACUGGUAGACGCUCUAUAGGUGGGAAUUGCCAUCUACUCGUUUUGGCUGGUGAUUUUUAAAAGACAUUUGACUGAGAUGAAUCAGUCAGAAAGAUGUUUCUUACUAGCAUGUAAUCAAGGUACAUGGUACGGGCUGUGGGGGGUAUUUAUAAUAUCUGCUUCUUUCUGCUUGUAAUCAUUGAAGAAUAGAUAUUCAGCUUUAAGAUGAUUUAUAUCACCUUUAUUAAAAAAAAAAUCCUAAUUGGAAAACCUA